AUGCCGUCAGGGGAUCCCACACUCCAGAAUGAGCCUCCUACGCCUGCAGCAGCCGCGACGGCGGCAGCGCGCGUAAAAAGUGACGCCCAAACGGGUCUAGCGCCUGCGCGGCGCAUGAUGCUGUUCCGCGCUCUGCCAAAAAUACCCACCCUGCGUCGAGAUCCCGUCAAGAUGCAGCGCAAGUUUGACGCGGCACAGCUCAGAAAGCAGCAGAAGGAGCAAGCGCAGCAGCGGAAGAGGGAGGCGGCUGAGAAACGGAAGCAAGAGCGUGAUAAGUAUGCACAGAAACGCAAGGUUGCAGCGCUUGUAGAGCAGCAGAAGCGGGACGCAGAAAAAGCUCGGCGGCAGCAAGCGAAGAAAGAUGCGAAGCAAGAAGCGCAGUAUGCCAAGAAAGCCAAAGCCAGUGAAGCGUAUAUGCUGCUACAGCGGCAGCAGCGGCAGCAAGAGCUGGCUGAAAUGGAUCGGAAGCAAAAGCGAUUGCUAGCGAUCACGCCAUUUCAGCAGCGGAAUGCGACACUGGAUCACCACCUGCUGACGCCGACGCAACGGCACGUGUUGAUCAGAUCGUUGGUCAUGAUGCAGAUGCAGCAUGAGUGGCUGUCCCUCGGGCAGCGCGGUGUCAUUGCAUUGUAUGGCUAUCCAUUCACAAAGGUGCAGCGCUCGCACCGAACCAGCUGGGCGGUACCGUUCUCACUUUUCGCAAGGCAGCCGCAGCAGGCGCGAGCGGACGACCCGCUAGCGGCGGCGGAGAAUGUGACGCCGUCGAACGAGCCGUUACUGCUCCGCCACCUGUUCCAAACGCACGUGCGAACGUUCCCUGGGCUCUGCUCGGCGCCUGUGAGCUACUGGCAGAGCCGGAUCCAGCGGCUGAUCGACGAUUACGUGUCACUUGGACUUUCGACGUCACGCGAGCGUGGACAGCACGUCCUCUCGCACAUGCUCACACUCGUCGGCACGCAGUACAUAGGCCUGUUUUUUGCACGCGGCAUAGGCAUCCGCGGCGCAGACGAGCUGCGCGGACCGGGCAUCGGCGAGCCAGGCACGGAGGAAUGGGGCGUUGGCAAAGGAUGGGGCAGCGGCACCGUGAAGCGUGGCAUGGCGAAGCCGUACGUGCUGAGCGAGAAGGAUCAUACGUUGAUUGAGUCGCUGUACGACGGCACGGACCUGCGUGCAUGGAAGGCAGCCGGCCGCGAAUCGGCGCGCAUCCAACACGACUGGGCUGCUUUCAAGGAAAAAAUCAUCGAGCAGGAAGACGGACUCAACGAGAUGACCAGCUACUUGACGGUCAGCAACGUCAACAACCUGCCUAUGGAGCUGCAAAACACCGAAGAGUGGCCCGCUGGCACCGACUCACUGCUGCAGAGGAUCAUCAGCUCGGCCAUCUCACGGGACGUGUCGACGAUCCAAAACCAUGUUGUAGAGCCCCUCCGAAAAGAGCUACCGAACAUUGUGCUCGUGAACAAGAUCGAGUUGUACGUGCGUGACCGCACGGCCGAGGAUGCGGUGCGGAUGGACGAGGACACAGAUGCGACGGGCAACGACAUGCUUACGACGAUCCUGCUGUCGAAUUGGGAUCCCUUCCUCGACAUGGACACGCAGGACCAUGUGCUUGCGAUGCAAAAGGCAUUUGCCGCGUCGCCCUAUCGCACGAAUCUCGACCUUGCGUACCCGUCGUCGACGCCGCAGGGCCGCAACAAGCCGCCGAUCCCCAUGUGGGACGCCACAACCGUGGACAUGUCGAAUGCACGUGAAUUCGCACUGUUGAAGCUACUCCUACGCGCUCUGCUCGAGAAGCGUGACCGCACGAACCUGGCCAAAUGGUUCGGCUCGAACGUCUUUGUGCACUUCGUGAAGGACUCGCUCCAACAUGUGUUCUACACUGGCUUGCAGGAGGCAUCGCGCUCGGCGGAUCUAAGCGCACGGCUUGCAGAUCUGCAGAAACUGAUGGAAGACUUUAUCGAAGUGCGCACGAACACGGACAAUGGGAUUGAACAUUGGCUGGGCCUUUCGAACAGGCACCAUCAAUCGAUCUACUUCUUCUUCCAUGAGAUUGCACCAGUGCUUGGGCCUGUAUGGCGCUGGUGUCAGGAAGCGCUCGAUUUCAUGUCGCUCUCGACGAGUGAUCCGCAGCACCCCGACGACCGGAGCGCACAGGACAUCGAGGUGAAUCUCGAUGAAAUGCUCCAGGACCAGCGCUUGACGGAGGCUGACGUUCAAGACAUUCUGAGGGAAGUCGACGACAUGAUCGUAUACAGCCGAUGGAGUAAAAUCCGGCGCGAGCUCGAAUACCGGCGACUGUUCCUUUUGUCACAGCAACACAACCAUGAUGGCCAUGAUGAUUCGAGUAUGAGCGGCAUGUCCCAGGCCAUGCGCGAAGACAUGCACGACAUCGACGGUCUGAUGGCCGAGCUCCUGGAAAAAGAGGGUGUGCCGAUCGAUGAUGGCACCUGCGACGACGUGCGUGGAACCGAGCGGCGGAACAUGCCUUGGGCCUACUUUGAUGUUGUUGAUCCACUCGGCCAAGCGAUCAUGGCCGAACCUGAGACAAAGCACUCCUUCAAGCCUACACGAGUGUCGCCACGACCGCCAUCGCUGUUCCAUACGCGCAAGCUCUUGCCCAUGUUCCGUGAGCUGCUGGUGGCCGAGCUGCCAGACUGGCUCGAUCCCGACUUGAAUGGCCCGCCACUGCCCCAUGCUAAGCAGCUAAGGCUCUCGUCCUUGCAUGCACUGCGCCAGACCCGUUGA